AACAACUUAUAGUCUUAUUCAUGUCGAUGUCUCUCCUUCUCAACCAGUCCUCGAAGCUACUAUGCUUCCGGAGGAAACGACCUGUACUGGUGAGAUCCUCUCCUCUUCUCUCCGGUAGCUUCUCACCUACGUCGCUGCAAACCCCUCCUUGUAAUGUCAUCGACGCUGAUCCUUGUUUUGACGGAGCGGAUCUAGGAAAACUCGUCAUUUCCAAUGCGAAUGAAGUUUGCUUCACUGAUUUGGAAAAGAAGGUGCCAAUGGAGUUGGUGGAUAAUCCAAUGGCAGUGAUCGGGUCAUCCCAUGGCUGGAUAGCUACGUUGAGGGAAGAUGGAAUACUGCGUCUCCAAGACGAUCUAAACCCACAUGCAUCGUAUACAGAUCCUAAACGCAUUCCCCUGCCUCCUCUUGUGACUCUGCCUCAUUGCCAAACUCAGAUCGUCACCAAUGUGUCAAUGUCCUCAUCUUCUCCCGAGGAUGAGGACUGUGUUGUGGCUGUCAAGUUCUUGGGACCUCAGCUAAGCCUUUGCAGACCCGCUCAAAGUAACUCCGAGUGGAUCAACAUCAGAAUCGCAAACCCUUGCUUCUUCUCCUCCCGUGUCAUGUUUUCGGAGAGACAUGGUAAGUUUAGCAUACUCGGAGCUGGAGGCCAUAUCAUUGCAUCAUGGGAUCUCCACACACACAAACAAAAUCCCAAGUUUAAGAGGUUACGUUUCAGAAACCUUCCCAAGCUGACGAAGACCAAACGGGAGCUUAUGGAUUCGUGCUACAAAAGCGAGCACUUGGUGGAGUCAAGAACCACCGGUGAGACUUUCUUGGUCAAGUGGUACAGGAAGGCCGUAUGGAGAGGUAUGUCGAAAUUGAUAACAAAAGCUUUCAUGGUGUUCAGGCUAGAUGACAAAGGAAAUGCUGUAUACACUCAAGAUAUCGGAGAUCUCUGCAUUUUCCUCUCAAAGUCUGAACCUUUCUGUGUCUCUCUUAGCUCCUUUCCCGGCAUGGCAUACCCUAACCAAGUUGAUUACCUGGAUGUAGGCGAAUCCGGAUUUUUCGAUCUAGCCGAUAACUCCAUCGUUGGUGGUAAUGAUAGCGUCGGGACUGGUCUCUAUGUUCCACCUCAAAAUAUAGACAAUUAG